AUGUUCCGAGACUUCGGGGAACCGGGACCGAGCUCCGGGGCCGGCGGCGCGUACGGUGGCCCGCCGCCCCCCGCCUCCGCCGCCGCCGCCGCCCAGCAGAAGUUCCACUUGGUGCCAAGCGUCAAUGCUGUGAGCGGGACCCCAGGACUUCAGUGGAUGGUGCAGCCCCACUUCCUGGGACCUGGCAGUUACCCCAGGCCUCUAUCCUACCCCCAGUUCAGCCCCCCACCACUCCGGCCAGGCGUCAUCCGAGCACUGGGGCCCACUCCGGGGGUGCGGCGUCGGGCCAGUGAACAGAUCAGCCCCGAGGAGGAGGAGCGGCGUCGUGUGAGACGGGAGCGAAACAAGUUGGCAGCGGCCAAGUGCAGGAACAGAAGGAAGGAACUGACAGACUUCCUGCAGGCGGAGACUGACAAACUGGAGGAUGAGAAAUCCGGGCUGCAGCGAGAGAUCGAAGAGCUGCAGAAGCAGAAGGAGCGUCUGGAGCUGGUGCUGGAAGCCCACCGUCCCAUCUGCAAAAUCCCAGACGGGACGGAGAAUGACCCCGGGGGCCCCGAUGGUGGCCCCAGCAGUAGCUCAAGGGGCCCUGCCCGGCCUGUGCCUCGCAUCUCCCUUUCCCCGGGACCAGUGCUUGAACCCGAAGCACUGCACACUCCCACACUCAUGACCACACCCUCCCUGACUCCUUUCACCCCCAGUCUGGUCUUUACCUACCCCAGCACCCCUGAGCCCUGUUCCUCAGCCCACCGCAGGAGCAGCAGCAGCAGUGGGGACCCGUCCUCUGACCCCCUGGGCUCCCCCACCCUGCUGGCCUUAUGA